GGAUUUCAUUUCGUCUCCUCUCUUAGACCUGCUCUUAAUGUCGCCGUCAAUGCAGUAGUCCAAUACUUCUACCUCUGUCGUGAUUCGUUGAUGAUUUACUAUUCCCUGUUGUCAUUACCGCGCACACGAGAGAGAGAGAGAGAGAGAGAGAGAGAGAGAGAGAGAGAGAGAGAGAGAGAAUCGUGAGCAGCAAUGUCGAGUUAUCGUGAUCAGGGGGGAUGGGGAGGUGGAGGAAGGGGUGGGGGGUUCUUGGGGUGCUUUCAUGUGGGUGGGGCGAUGGAAAAGAACGGGAUGAAGACUGGGAGGAAGUUCUCCCAUAUCACUAUCCGUCGAGAGCCGUCCGGUGUAGGAAGUGGAGCUAAAGCGGGCGUGGGGGCUCGAGCCAUUACCAGUCCUUUGAGAGGAUAUCGUGUGCAUGCGGAGACGGAGGUGGUUCUCUCUAUGGAAGCAUCAGGGGGCUCCUUGUCUACUCUCCCCUUGCUCUGCAUUACUGGUCUUCGAUCCGACUUCGCAAUCGACGAUGAUAACAAAUUAGUAAGAACAAAUGAUGAUGAUGAUGAUGAUGAUGAUGACGAGGAUUGGAUUGAUGACUAUGUUGUGGAAUGUUUCGGGCAUAUGACUGAUGAUGAUGAUAAUGAUGAUGAUGACGACGAGGAGGAUGAUGAUGGCGAUGACCAUGAUGAUGAUGAUGAUGAUGAUGAUGAUGAUGAUGAUGACGACGAGGAUGAUGAUGAUGAUGACGAUGACCAUGAUGAUGACGAUGACCAUGAUGAUGAUGAUGAUGAUGAAUGAUUGGUGAUGAUGAUGAUGACGACGAGGAUGAUGAUGAUGACUACGAUGACCAUCAUGAUGAUGAUGAUGAUGAUGAUGAUGGUGAUGAUGAUGAUGGUGAUGAUGAUGGGUAGGGCAAAUCAAUGAUGAGGAUGGGUAGGACGACUCGAUGAUGGUGAUGAAGAUGAUAAUGAUGAUGAUGAUUGUUGAUGGGGCUCGCAAAACUUUUGAC